AUGCGAAGAGAAACUGCCGGAGACGGAGGUGAUGCUGACGAACCAUCUGCCAAAAGGCCACGCACUGACAAUUCAUUAAAUUCCGGCACUAAAGUGAUGUACUUGCCAAGCGGUAGUGUUCCCUGCAAUUCGCCAUUAUGCGAGAUGAUUAAAAUCGUUAAACCAAUUAUACGCAAAUUGGUGGAAGAUUCUAAUCUCCUUAAGAUGUGGAUUUCAUUUAUGAUUCCUAAAAUUGAAGAUGGCAAUAAUUUUGGCGUUUCAAUCCAGGAGGACACAUUGGCUGAAAUUCAAACCGUUGAAUCUGAAGCGGCUGCGUUUUUUGAUCAAAUAUCCCGCUAUUUCCUAUCAAGAGCUAAGGUAGUUUCAAAAGUGGCCAAAUAUCCCCAUAUUGACGAUUACAGACGUGCUGUCAUUGAAUUAGACGAGAAGGAGUAUUUAAGCCUGUGGUUAGUUGUCUGUGAAGUACGAAAUCGGUAUUCAUCUCUUCACGAUAUUGUUAUUAAAAACAUGGAAAAACUUAAAAAGCCACGUUCCUCAAAUGCCGAAAGUCUUUACUAACUAUGCUGUAUGCAAUUCAAUGGAUGAAGUAAAAAAUCUAUGGAAGCUUAUAAAAACAUUCUCAAACUCUGUGCAUAACCAAGAGAUCAAAGAUUGAGGAUUCUACAUUAAACUCGUAAGAAGACAUAUAACGCAACUUGAAAGAAAUACAGUUCUUUUUCAACUUUCUUUUAGUUUUAAUAAAAUUAAACAAUAUUUUCUUCAAUUUAAUUACAAACAAAACGAAAAAUAAAUUCAACAUUUUAAUUUUUUCCAUCUUCUCCAAAA